AUGGACACUGAACAGGAAACAGUUCUUGAUUAUCAAACCAUAGAUUGUAUUUUAUCAUUCUUUUGGAAUCUGUCUGAUCGGAUAGUUAUUGUUCCAUGGCUUCUUGGUAUUGGUUUGGUCAAAACUAUGCUAGAAUGUUUGCAAAAAAUACCAAUAUCUUCAGAAACGGCUCGACAAAUCAUCAGCAUUAUUCAUAAUAUAUCUCGACAUGACGAAGGUACUGAUGAACUCAAUAAAUUCGAUGGUCUUGUGAUUCUUAAGAAUAUUCAAAGCAACAAUAGCGAAGCAUUGGACAAUUUAAAUAGUCUUCUCGUAUCAAUGGCGAUUGCUCUACUCUCUACACCUAAACAAAUUCGCUCAGACAAUAAACGAAUGAACAGAAUUCUUAACCAGCUAUUGCAAAUCACUAUACAAGCAGCUGAGGCAGAAAAUCAUCGAGGUGAAUAUGCCUUUCAUGUAUCUGAACCGUUAGCUGUGCUUACAAAAUUGUUUGUUGAUGAUCACUCCCUCGAAUAUGUUCUUAGCCACGCAGAAACUGAGCCUCAACUCGAUGUAACAUCAACAAUUAACUUAUUUGUCGAUUUGUUCAUGAAAUUUCGAGGUGCAUUCGUCCAGAAAAAUCAGUUGGAACAAUUUACAUGUACAGCUCUAUUGAAUAUUUUAUGGAGUAUUUCAUUUCAAGAUCGAUAUAAAACAAAGCUCGCACAAAAUAAAAAUUUCUUGAAGACUAUUCAUAGUUUAGCUAUGGAUAAUGGUGAAGAAACAAUCGAUGAAUAUGUGCCGCGUUCAAUGGAGAGUAUGCCAAAAGCUGCUAACGGUAUUCUCUACAAUCUGAAAGAAAUAUCCGAUGGUAAAAAGACUGAAAUCUCAGAUUCUCAAUUACUCUCUUAUACUAGCGAUAAAAAACCAAUGAUCAUGAUCAGCUAUGCUCAUGGUAACAAUCUGUUUUGUGAUAGAAUUCUUAUCGAGCUUGAGAAAAAAAGAAGUCUGUUUGAAAUUUGGAUUGAUCGAGAUCACUGUACGUCAAAUGAAGAUUUAUGGGAAAAAAUUGCUCUUGGAAUAAAACAAUCAAAUCUAGUUCUCUGUCUUCUUUCACAAGAAUAUUACGAUAGUAAGUCAUGUCGUAAAGAAGCUACUUUUGCAAUCAAGCGCCAAAAGUCAAUCAUUCCUGUCUAUCUCGGUGAACCAGGUGAUUGUGAUUGGCUGGACAUUCACAUUGCUGAACUGAAAUAUGUUCGUUUCAAAAACAAUACGGAAAAACUUGACCAUAGUAAAAUUCAAGAACUUUUGAAGACAAUUGAAGCUACUAUAAAAACAACACAAACACAACCUCUACAACAACCAACAGAACAACAUACGAUACCGACACGAUCUAAAAAACAAACUGAUACAGUCACAUCGACUAAUUUCGAUGUAAACAAACCACUUGAAAAGUGGACAGUUGAUGAUAUUCAUGCAUGGUUUAGUAGUUACAAAGUUCCCGAUAGUCUUUUGAAGCUAUAUGAUUUUCAAUCAGUUGCUGAGAUGCACGAAUAUGCUGUGAAAUUGCGUAAAGAUUCGACAAAAGAAUUUAUUAAAUACGAACAAAGAUAUGCUAAAAAUUAUGCAGAAGAAGAACUUGAAGAAUAUAUAUUUAAUCGAUUUAAAAAUGCUAUUUUCAAUCUACCAAAUAGUCAAAAUGAAACAAUGAAAACAUCACCACCUAAAUCGAGUACUUGUAGUAUUUCAUGA